AUGGACGAUGCCGACAGCAGGAAUGCGGCACUCGCUUCGGUCGACGGACUAUCCACUCGUUCACGAUCUGGCAGCGCAGGCAGCGCAGGCAGCAGCCACAAGCGGACUCUUUCUGGAUCCUUACUCUCGAAACUCUCCUUCCUUCGCAUGAGCCAGGCGACCAAACCUACGCCGCAUUCACAACAUCCCGACAUGGAACAAGACGCGGAUGGCGAGGACCUAAAGUCCAGCCUGCUGCAAACUACAGGCGAAGGCUUGACGGGGCGUGCUGGUGGAAAGGCGAUGUCAGCCGUGCAACAGCAACAACAACGACGGACACGACGGCGAAGAGGCUCAUUACGGAAGACUGCAUUGCUAGGAACGAGGCUGGAAAUGCGAGAAAAGAGGGCUGUUUCCACCAAAGCCAAUGACGCCUUGAAAGAGGACAGCUUUCGACCUCACACCGACUCACAACAGUCUGCGAGAGCCAAGGCUUCGCCAGACGCAGAGCCCACGCCUCGGGGGAGCUUUGAUGAUGAGGGCGACGAGUCCCAGCCGAGUUGGUUCCGCGUGAACGCGCAACAAAAGGCUCUACGGCCAUCUAUCGCUCGGCGCCGUCAGAGUCUCUCCCGUCAGAGUCUCUCCAAGCGUCAUGACAUGGGCGAUGAGACGGGCACCGAUGAGGAAGACCUCGUUACGUUCCCCCGUAUCAGCACCGCGAACAAUUCCUCCACAGUUCCGGUUGGAAAUAGCAGUAUCAGAACAGGGGCUGCAUCUUUACACAUCCCAACUGCCUCGUCUGGCUCCGAGUCCUACUACCCUCUUCGACCGGACACGGCCUACCGCCCAGUCCACCGUACCAAAUCAUCGCCUCUUGCAACCCAUUCCGUCGAGAUGAAGAGCAGCUCCGACAUUGCCAGGGAUUACUCCGAAACCGAGUGGUGGGGCUGGAUCAUCCUCAUGGUGACCUGGCUGGUCUUUGUUGUGGGCAUUGGCAGCUGCUUUGAGGUUUGGAGCUGGGCAUGGGAUGUCGGCGAAACCCCUACGCACCACCGGAGUUGGAAGAUGAUCCGACCCUGCCCAUUGUCGGCUACUAUCCGGCUCUGA